UGUGCCAGCGAUUCUUUCGAUUCAGUUAUUGAGGAAAGUUCGAAGGAUACGCAUUUGGAAAUGCUGCUACGGAAACGUCGACGGUUUUAAAUUUUUCUGAACAAAAGAGCGCAGCAUAUUAUAGUUAGACAAAAAAAAAUUAAAAUAAAAAGAAAAGAGAGAGUACAAAUUUAGAGAAGUGGAAAAUAAAAAAAAAAACGAAAAAGACGAAGAAUAAGAACUGGAAGAAGUGCAGAAGAAUCAGUUAUAGGAACAACACCCCGCUCCUGUAAAAUACACAUUAUCAUCAUCUAUCUACCUCUCUAUUUCUCUGACUCUUCGUGUCUAUAUAUGCACACAUAGCGCACACACCUAUACGUUUAAGAAAAAGCACAUUGAAUAUCUAAUUUGCAUAAGGAAACCGCCAAAUUUUCUUCAAGCAAUCUUCCUGCUUCCUAUUGUUGACCUCCCUUGUCUGUUUUUAUAUAUUUCCAAAAUAUAAACAGAUUGAGAAAAACGUGUGUUUUGAUUUUUCGUUGUUUGGUUUUUGUGGUGCGUGUUGCGGUUGGCUUUUUUAAUAUUUUUCUGUGACGGAAUUGUGUCUAACUUCGUAACUCUGAGAUUUUUCAUUCUCUGGAAAUUCGAGAUUUUUCGGUGUGGAAAAAGUGUUGAUAAGGAUUUUCCAAAUUGCAUUCUGCAUUGAAAUCUCAAGUCCUUGCCGAAAAAAUUGAGAAAAACCUUCGUAAAUCGUGAAGUUUCGGGUUAAUUGAGGUCGAAUAUUGUGACGGUUUUGUGUCGUCGAAUUUCAUCGGUUUUAUUUUUCGGGAUUUUCUUAAUUUUCAUUGCAUUAAACGACAGAGAGUGAAAAAAAAGUCGAGGAAAAUUUUUAAAACUAUCAGUGUGUUGGUUCUGGUGUACUAAAUUUUGUGCACAAGGAAAUAUAAUUGUUUUUCAAUUUUCAAAAAAUCAACAAAAUAAAAAAAGAAAAGUCAAAAUUUUUGUGCAUCGCGUUUUACUGUCAAACAUUCAGUCAAAAAACAUGUGGAUUAGUUGCCAUGUAGUUGCUAUAAUGAUUUUGUUAAAUAUCGAUAUUAUCUUGUCCGAAGUAUUUGAGACACAUCUGCGAGGUCCUGGCUUUGUGAUGGAACCACCCGCUCGUUUAGAGUUCUCGAAUUCAUCAGGUGGAUGGCUUGAUUGCUCGGCUUCGGGUAGUCCGCAGCCAGUAGUAGACUGGAUUACGGUAGAUGGGUCGCCAGUGGCCGAUAUAAACGGAGUUCGACGAGUGCUUAGGAACGGCACUUUAGUGCUAAUGCCGUUUCCUGCUGCCGCCUACCGGCAGGACAUUCAUAACACAAUCUACAGAUGCGUAGCGUCAAAUACUGUCGGCCGAAUUAUAUCGAGGGAUGUGCAAGUUAGAGCCGUGGUGGCACAAGCUUACAAAGUGGACGUCGAAGUGCUAUCAGCUUCGAGGGGAUGCACAGCUAUCCUGCGAUGUGUGGUGCCAACCUUUGUUAAGGAACUAGUUCGAGUGGUCUCCUGGGUUCAUGAACCCGCAAUCUACAUCUACCCAUCACUUCAAGGAGAUGGGAAAUUUCAUUUAUUGCCCACCGGCGAAUUGCUUAUACAUAAUCUGCAGGAUAGUGAUGAAUCACAAUCGUUUCGGUGCCGGAGCAUGCACCGACUUACUAGGCAGGUUGUGGUCAGUUCUCCAACUAGGCUACGGAUUAAUGCUCAUCGUGGGAUCAUAUCACCGAGUGUCGUAGAACAUACCUCACACGUAGCUGUGUCACAAGACGAAGGUGCUGUCUUAUUGUGCGUGGCACAGGGAUGUCCAUCACCCGAGUAUAGUUGGUACACGCAUAACGGACCUGGUCCAAUGCCGGUCCUCAGUGGUCCACGAAUACGCCUACUCGGUCCGAUACUCGCUGUCGAAGCUGUUACAGCUGAAGAUUCCGGCGUAUACAAAUGCACAGCCGGAAAUGUUGGCGGCGAAGCUAGUGCCGAACUCCGACUAACUGUAGCCACUCCAGUGCAAGUGGAAAUCUCACCGAAUGUCCUAAGCGUGCAUAUGGGUGGUACAGCUGAAUUUCGUUGUAUUGUCACCAGUAACGGCAGUCCGGUAGGUAUGCAAAAUAUCCUCUGGUAUAAAGAUGGACGACAAUUGCCAACAUCGGGACGCAUUGAAGACACCCUCGUUGUGACCAGAGUUAGUCGUGAAAAUAAGGGAAUGUAUCAGUGUGUGGUGCGUCGUCCGGAAGGAGAUACCUUCCAGGCAUCUGCUGAACUUCAACUCGGAGAUGCUCCGCCAGUGCUGCUGUACAGCUUCAUUGAGCAAACUCUACAACCGGGACCGGCAGUUAGCUUGAAAUGCUCGGCAGCCGGAAAUCCAACGCCGCAAAUUUCAUGGACAUUGGAUGGAUUUCCGCUCCCAUCCAAUGGAAGAUUUAUGAUCGGACAAUACAUCACUGUCCAUGGCGAUGUAAUUAGUCACGUUAAUAUUAGCCAUGUUAUGGUUGAGGAUGGUGGCGAAUACUCCUGCUAUGGCGAGAAUCGAGCUGGAAAAGUCUACCAUUCUGCACGACUGAAUAUUUAUGGACUCCCGUAUAUUCGUUUAAUCCCUAAAGUCACUGCAGUGGCUGGAGAGACAUUAAAUUUGAAAUGUCCUGUGGCCGGAUACCCCAUCGAGGAGAUACACUGGGAGCGUAGCGGUAGAGAAUUACCUGAUGAUAUACGACAGAGGGUGCAACCGGAUGGAUCUUUGGUCAUAAGUCCGGUCCAGAAGAACGCAGAUUCGGGCGUUUACACAUGCUGGGCACGUAAUAAACAAGGACAUAGUGCGCGCAGGAGUGGCGAAGUCACCGUUAUAGUUCCACCAAAACUGAGUCCAUUUCAAACAUCAAUACUCCAACUUAAUAUGGGAGAUCGUGCCUCACUGACAUGUUCAGUUGUCAAAGGUGAUCUACCAAUAACAAUAACCUGGCGCAAGGAUAAUCGCCUCAUCGAUCCGUCACAACAUAUGUCAGUGAAACAAGUCGAUCAAUACAAUAGUAUAUUGGUGAUAGAAAAUUUGGGCUCCGACCACACUGGCAAUUACUCGUGUGUUGUGCGAAAUCUAGCUGCCGAAGUGGAAAAUUCCCAGGCUCUACUGGUCAAUGUUCCGCCACGCUGGAUUGUCGAACCAGCCGACGUAAAUGUAGAACGAAAUCGACACAUAAUGUUGCACUGUCAGGCCCAGGGUGUUCCUACCCCGAGCAUUGUUUGGAAAAAAGCGACAGGUAGCAAAUCGGGGGAAUACGAGGAGGUAAGGGAGCGGCCAUUCACCAAAUUGCUUGGAAAUGGGUCGCUGUUGCUGCAACACGUCAAGGAGGACCGAGAGGGUUUCUACCUGUGUCAGGCGAACAAUGGCAUCGGCACUGGAAUUGGAAAGGUCAUUCAGCUUAAAGUUAAUUCUUCCCCGUAUUUUUCAUCCACAUCGAGGUCGGUGACAGUGAAAAAGGGUGAUACUGCUCUGCUGCAGUGCUCGGUUAGUGGGGACAAGCCAAUCAAUAUUGUUUGGAUGAGGUCCGGGAAGAACACUCUGAAUCCGUCGACGAACUACAAAAUUUCGGUGAAGCAGGAGGCCACUCCAGACGGGGUGUCGGCUGAGUUGCAAAUCCGCAGUGUCGAGGCAAGCGACAGUGGACCGUAUUUCUGUCGAGCCAGUAAUUUGUACGGCAAUGACCAGCAAUUGGUGCAGUUGCAAGUCCAGGAGCCACCCCAAGCCCCGACAGUGUUAGAGGCUGCUAUGGUGUCCAGCAGGUCGGUAAAUCUAAAGUGGCAGCCUAGGAACACAAAUACUGCUGAGGUGUCAAAGUACAUUGUGGAAUUCAAGGAACUAGACCCACUUUUCAUUGAGCAGUGGCAGCAGAUGGAAGUCACAGACCCACCGCAGUUUACGGCAUUGAUUGAGAAUCUGAAACCAGCGACGCGUUAUUCCUUCCGCAUAAUUGCCGAGGGAACUGCUGGCCGUAGUGCUCCUAGUCAAGAGUUAACAAUAAAAACUGAACCGCAGAGGCCAGCGGGGCCACCGCUAAAUCUCUCUGUGAGACCAUUAUCAUCCACGGAAUUGCUAGUGAGUUGGGUUGCACCACUUGUUGAGCUGCGACAUGGUGAUAUUCAAGGCUACAACGUAGGCUAUAAGUUGGCAAGUUCUGGUAGUUCGUCGUUUAACUUCACUUCAGUUUCUGGCGAUGGGGAGGGUGGAACUGGGGAGCUGCUGUUAGGUGGGCUCCAAAAAUACGCACGGUAUAAUAUUGUCAUCCAGGCAUUCAAUCAGGUCGGACCGGGACCUCUUUCUGAACCGGUCUCAGCACAAACAAUGGAAGAUGUUCCUAGUCGCCCACCGGAUGACAUUCGCUGUGCGGCCCUAACCUCUCAAUCACUUCAAGUUUCCUGGCAACCACCACCAAUCUACCACACCAAUGGACUACUUCAAGGCUACAAGCUCCUGUUUGAGCCAAUCUUAGAUGAUUUCUCGCCAGCAAAAGACGAGAUAGAGAGUCGUAAGACAACUGCCCUUACCACCGUCUUAACGGGCCUCAGGAAAUACACAAACUACAGCAUACAAGUUUUGGCCCACACACGAAUGGGCGAUGGAAGUCUAUCGAAUCCACUUUACUGCCACACCGAAGAAGAUGCCCCCGAUGCACCAGCGGAUAUCAAAGUCGUUGUCAGUUCACCACAGUCCUUGUAUGUGUCAUGGCUGCCACCAGUUGAACCCAAUGGAGUUAUAACUAAGUUUAAUCUCUAUACAAGAGUGGUUAACGGAAGGGAGGAGUUGAACAAUGAAAAACGAAGCCUGCCCUCGCAACAGGCCAACUACGAAGCCAAGAACCUCCAUCCUCACAUUGAAUACCAGUUCUGGGUUACCGCUUCGACUCGAGUGGGUGAGGGCAAGAGCUCUCGCGUGGCAUCUCAAGUAACUACAAAUAGAGUUCCUGCACGAAUAGUGUCAUUUGGAGGUCCAAUUGUCCGUCCGUGGCGUUCAACUGUCACCCUCCCCUGUACGGCUGUGGGAAAACCCAAACGCGAAUGGUACAAGGCCGAUGCACCACUCCGACAAGGUGGACUCCAUAACUCACAACUACUUGACUCAGGUGAUUUGAUUAUUUCCAGCCUCCAAGUGGCUGAUAGUGGCAAUUAUAGUUGUCAAGUUGACAACGGCAUCGGUACCGAUCGCCUCACGCACGUCCUCAUCGUGCAAGUUCCUCCAUCGGCUCCAGUUUUGUACGUUACAAGUGCCACUUCCAGCAGCAUUCUUAUGCACUGGAAAUGUGGCUUCAACGGGAAUGCUCCCAUCACCGGCUACACUCUAUUCUAUAGACGAUCGGUUGGCAAUUUGGAGGAAAUGCAUUUAUCAAGACAUGCUUCCAGUCACGAAUUGAAAGGUCUAGUUUGUGGAAGUACAUAUCAGAUACAUUUAACGGCGCACAAUAAGGUUGGUACAUCACCGGCUAGCAUAACACUGCACGUCCGAACUCAGGGCCAAUCACCUGGGAUGCCAGCAACUGCCAAUUUAAUAUCCCCGAAUUCUACUUCGGUUGCUAUAAGACUGCACACUUGGCCGGACAAUGGCUGUCCUAUGUUGUAUUUUGUAUUGCAAUAUAGACCCGUAACGGAUGGAAUAAACAAAGACUGGAUAUUAGUGUCAAACGCACUUAAACCACAACGAAGAUUCAUCAUUUCUGGACUAAGCCCAUCGACUCUAUAUCAAAUGAAAAUGGAAGCCCACAAUGUUGCUGGAGUCUCGAAUGCCGACUUUACAUUUGUCACCUUGACCAAAGACGGUGACCCACCACCACCCGAGAUCGUUCAACGAGGUCAUCGCUCCAACAUAUUCUAUGGCAACAUCAAUCUUUUGAUUCCCAGCAUAGCUGCUGUCUCGGGAAUGAUUUGCACCAUAGCCCUUGUAGUUAUAUGCUACCGGCAUAAACAAAGCAAUCGACUACAAAAGGAGUCCUUGGAAAAUCGACAGAACAACGAAGCUGCACAGCGUGAACGCUACUAUGCAACCAUUCAUAAAGUGUCCCUCCAGAACAAUGAGAAAAUUCCUGAGACAUCUGAAGACAUCUCGCCGUAUGCGACUUUCCAAUUGUCUGAGGCCAGCACUCUGGCGCAGCCCCAUCACACCGGACCUGCCAACACCUUGCUGCAUUCGUUCAUGUACCAUGAGCGGGCCCUUGCAGAGGGUUGCUCGUCACCACCACCACCCGCGGUACUUAAAUCAACCACCCGACACAAUUCCUCGUCCUCACCAUAUUACAAUAUCACUUCGAAAAACCGCAGAAGGCAUUCACGUAAAACUGAACCAGAAAGUGAAGAAUCUGAAUCGGAUCCAGACCAAUUAACAUCAAGUCGAACGGAAUCAUCAAAUCAGCAUGAAGCCAAAAUAAAGCAUAGUAUCAUCUACCAUGGAGCACAAUCAAGCACAUCCUCCGAUCUAUCACCAAUGUCCGAACAAAAAUCAUUGCCACGUCGCGGCAGAUCAAGGGGAGGAGCCAUGCGAGCACUACUUCCUUUGCAAUUACAAGAGAAUCUCGCCAGCGGCAUCGGAGCUGGCAGUGGCUUCCAUCAGAUACCAAUCGAAGGAAGCACUCCCGAUAGGCCGGAGCUUUCGGAAGCCGAAUGCGAUAUUGAUACCUUGAAGAAGCUGAAGUUGGGUUUGCGAUCAUCGUUGUGGUCGCGACCAUCAUCCACUGUCAGCAGUGUUAUCCAGCAUUACCACCCACAGCAGCACCAUCCACCGCCAGCACCACAACAACAACAACAACAACAGCAGCAGCAACAACAGCAGCAGCUACAGCAACACCAGCAGCUUCAAGAGCAACAACAGCAGGGAUUACCUGCAAAGCGUCACUCCGAUUAUUCGAUAGCGGUGUGAAAUACAAACCAAGCUCUAAUUUUUUAAGCCCACGCAUAAAAGGCGACUUUUUUAAAAGGGAUUUGUGUUGUUCUUCAAAUGUGUGUUUUUUUUAAGCAUUAUAUUUAGUUAGUGUUUUUGGAACGAGCGAUUGGUUGGUUGUAUCGGGGAUAUGUCAAAAGGCCUCGAUCAUAAUUUAGACGAGAAGUUUCUGUCAACUUUUUCUUCGAAAGAAAGCCUAACGAAAGUUACUUCAAGCUAAGUGACAGAUCAUGUGAAAAUAGUUUUUACCACUUGUUUUGUUAACCGCUACAACUUUUGGACUCCAAACAAUCCUCCCUGUAGCUUUGAUCCGAGCUAGUCGGCUUGAAGUGGAUAUAUUUGUAUGUAUAAUUUUAAUAGUUUGGCAACACUUUUUUGUAAAAUUCGUAAUGCAAAGGGGCGUACAAACUAAUCCAAGAUUUAAUUCACACACUCCAAAGAUCUGCGAUCUACUCCUGUAAACUGUAAACCUGGUCAGAACUUUAAGGUCUUUUCUCUAAAUGUCAAAAUAAAAGCUAAAAUUCUAGAGCCAGUUAAGUUUUUCUACAUAUGUUUACCAAAAAAAUCUAUUUUCAACCGGCUGCUCUGGCUAAUACUCUGUAGCUUUUUUGUGUUCGUUGAGAAAAUGUCUGCACUGACUUUUCUUGUUUUUGACGUAUGACGUUUUAGCUUAAGCAGGCUUAUAUGGCUCUGACAGUUAUCAUGGCUUUUUUCUAGUUGAACAAAACUAUUUUUUGAAAUUGUUUUGACAAGUCCCCGGUGCUAACUGCUCACUCAUUUGUUCUCUAAAUAAUUUUUUCGAUCGUCAAUUGAUUUCAUCUUUAAAAAAUACUUCUUUCUAUCUUUAUCUCUCUCUCUCUAUCUCUCUCACAUCAUUUCCAUCAUCAUAAAAUUAAAAGAAAAACAAAAAUUAAAAUUAAAACAUAUUUGGCAAGUUUUUUAGGACAAGAAAGAUUCAAAAUUUUUCGACAAUCAUUUUCACUUCAAAACAAUAAACUCACCAGCAGCAAAUCAAAAAAAAUAAAGAAUAAAAAACAUUAAAACCAACAUAACACAUAAUUCACAGUCCUUCAUUUCCCCUCACUAAUUCCAGGUCCCAUCCCCAAUAUACCCCUCCAUUAUUCCACCAUCAACAAAAGUAAAGAAAUUCCUCCAAAAAAAAUCUACUUAUUGCAAAAUAAAGAAAAAUUAAAAAAACAAAUAAAUAAAUAAAUAAUAAUAAAAUAAAAUAAAACUUUAACUGAACUGAUUUAUGCAAGUAACUAUGUAUCUUUUUCUAAUGUAUAUUUAUAUUUUUUUAUACACAUUCCAAUGUGAAUUUUUGGUCUAUCCAAAGUAAACUAGUAACAUUAAUGAAAAAUAACAAACAAAUAAAAAAGGAACGAAACCAAACAAAAAAAUAGAGCAACAACAAAAACAAUGACAAAACAAAAAAGUUAAAAAACACAAAAUGAAGAAAGAAAAAUAAAAUAAAACAGAUAAAUUUAGAC